AUGGAGUCAUUCGGGGUCUCAACUACUCACCCCUUAGACGGCACCCAGACAGCCAAGGAGCCCUUGUUAUUUCUGAAACUGCCUGAGUCUCAACCGUCUUAUCAUACGCUGGACGAAGUGCUCAUAUUGUUCGUCCGAAUCGAUAUCAUGCUCGUCGGCGGAACCUGCGUCUCCAACCGGGUUGCACUCAUCACUGCUCAGAUCGCUGCUGACACCGGUCGUGGCGCGUUCUCUACCUCAUGGCCAAUCUUUGUCCACGAAAUCGUGCAGCAGCAAGGUCUGUGGCGACGGGGUAAAUCCCUCGUCAUGAUUAGUAUUAAUGUGGGUUUUUACAAGCAUCCGUCCUGCAAGCUCACGGAGUAUCACAUCGCCGAGGUUCAGGGCGGUAUUCUCGCCAUCUUUGGCUCGUCAGUGGCUGCCAUGGAGCACCCCCAGAGCCAGCCAAUCCAGGAGGGCAUCAACACAGCAAAUAAAAUAGGGUCUCAGAAGUCAGGGAUCAAAGCAUAUGCACGGCUAAUUGACAUUUAUAUCAUGGACCACAACGAGAAAUUCAGUUGA